AGUACAAGUUAAGCAUAAGAUAAUAAGAUACGAUGAGCGGAUGAGAUCAUAUUCAUAACUCAAAUAAAUAUAAAUAAAACAACAAAGGCGCAUGCAGGAGUGCAGGAGGCCGCCUUAUAUUGUCCUUUGCUUGGAACUCCACUAAAACCCCAAAACCCCAGUCCUAAUUCGUGAUUUGUGAGUGAUAUUUCCAAGGAAGAGAGAGAAAGAUGGCUCAAUCGCAUGCCUUCUCUGCUGCUACAGUUGCUCCUAAAUCUUCAGGUUUUCUCCAGGUUCAUGAGAAGCUAUGUUGUUCAAGAAGAUUGUCUUUGUCUAACAAGUUUGGUGCAAAUGUCAGUGAGUUCUGUGGCAAUGCUGUUCUUCAAAAUAGUAGGUGCGCAAGUGAAGCUCGGAAGAAUCAUGCUAUCAAAGCAGUUCUUUCAAGUGACAAAGAGGUGGUCCAGGUGGAAACCAAUGGUAGAGGUCUGCGUGGCAAGUUGAACAAAGUGGUUCUGGCUUACAGUGGGGGCUUGGACACAUCAGUUAUUGUACCAUGGCUGAGGGAAAACUAUGGCUGUGAAGUUGUUUGUUUCACUGCUGAUGUUGGUCAGGGGCUGCAAGAACUAGAGGGUUUGGAACAGAAGGCAAAGGCGAGUGGCGCGUGUCAAUUAGUGGUGAAGGAUUUGAAAGAGGAGUUUGUCAAAGAUUAUAUAUAUCCUUGCUUACGUGCUGGUGCUGUCUAUGAGAGGAAGUAUUUGCUUGGUACGUCAAUGGCACGUCCCGUCAUAGCAAAGGCUAUGGUGGAUGUUGCUAAAGAAGUUGGAGCUGAUGCUGUUUCUCAUGGGUGCACUGGGAAAGGAAAUGAUCAGGUCCGUUUUGAGCUUACAUUCUUUGCUCUUAAUCCUGCUCUUAAUGUUGUUGUUCCAUGGAGGGAGUGGGACAUCACAGGAAGAGAAGAUGCUAUAGAGUAUGCUCAAAAGCAUAACGUACCUGUUCCUGUAACAAAAAAAUCUAUUUAUAGCAGAGACAGGAACUUGUGGCACCUUAGCCAUGAGGGAGACAUCUUGGAAGACCCAGCGAAUGAGCCGAAGAAGGAUAUGUACAUGAUGAGUGUUGAUCCAGAAGAUGCACCAAACACGCCUGAAUACAUUGAAAUUGGCAUUGUUUCUGGAAUCCCUGUAUCUCUCAAUGGAAAGGAACCUUCUCCAGCAAACUUGUUAUCUGAGCUCAAUGAAAUUGGAGGAAGACAUGGAAUUGGACGAAUCGACAUGGUUGAAAACCGGUUGGUAGGUAUGAAGAGUCGUGGGGUGUAUGAAACUCCCGGUGGAACCAUCCUUUUCAACGCUGUCAGGGAACUCGAGGCUCUGACACUUGAUCGGGAGACAAUGCAAGUAAAAGACUCCCUUGCCCUCAAGUAUGCAGAGCUUGUUUAUGCUGGUAGAUGGUUUGACCCGCUUCGUGAAUCCAUGGAUGCUUUCAUGGAGCAAAUAACACGAACAACUACUGGUUCAGUGACGCUGAAGUUGUAUAAGGGGUCUGUCACAGUAACCAGUAGGAAAAGUCCAUAUAGCUUGUACAGAGAAGAUAUCUCAUCAUUUGAGACUGGACAGAUUUAUAAUCAGGCAGAUGCUGGUGGAUUUAUCAGACUCUAUGGUUUACCCAUGAGAGUGAGGGCCAUGCUUGAAAAGGGAAUGUAACAAAUUUUCAGAACCUGUAUUUGUAACUUGACAUGAACUGUUCCGGGUUAGUUCAGUUGAGAAGUUGCAUUAGAGAGUUGUAUCAACAUCAUAUUUAAAUUUCCAAAUGAGGAACUUCAAUAAGUUUACUCUUUGCUAA